CAAGCUUACCAAAGUGCUGGACAAGAUGAAGGUCAAUUAUAUUUGUAGUGCCUGGCUUUGUGUUUCUGAGGGGAUGAAAUCUGCAUCAGGUUUGCACAGGGAACUUGGCAGAGCCAUUCAGAUGGAAGCAAUAAGCCCUACCAGUCGUGUCCUGGACGAGCAUGCGAAAAGGAAAAAAGCACUAGACAAUGCUGUUGAGAAGGCAGCCGAAGCGGUUAUCAGCAACUGGCGUCAACAGAUAAAGGCGAAGAAGAAAUUAAAGGAGCUUACUAAAGAUCAUGAAGCCCUUUUCCGUGAGACAGAAAGCUCCCAACUCUUGACUUCCCCCAAGACCAAAAAGAAGUUGCUCAGAAACCUGGAAAAAUCUGCAACAAAACUGGCAAAGGAUGAUGAAGAUUAUUAUAAGAAGAAUUUAGCUGCCCGUGAAACAAGGUUAAAAUGGGAAACCACUUUAGAAAACUGCCACCAGGGUUUUCUAGAACUUGAAAAGGAAAGACUGCAUCUUCUGUGCAACACGUUGAAUUGUUACAACCGGCAUCUCUCCAAUUAUGGACAGAGCCUAAUUGCUUGCCACACGGAGAUUCAAACUGCUGUUGCCAAAGCUGAUGCUGAUAAGGACGCACAGACACUGGUGGAAGAAAUGUCCAUGCCUGGCCCAGAGACCAAGCGGGAGUUCUUGCUAACAGAUUAUUAUGAGGAAGACUCCACAAGCCUGAUUGAAAAGGAGAGGAGACAAGCUUCCAUCAAGGCCAAAGUGCUCCGCCUGCAAAAGGACCUAGAGAAGGCACUGCAGGACAAAACAGCCUUGGAACAGAUGCUUAAAGCUUAUACAAAGACUCCUCAGUUCUCAGAUGCAAAGAAUCAGAAUGAUAUCACUGCACAGCUUGAAGAGACAACUCUGAAAGUGACCCUUCUGCAAGCCAAUUACUUCAAGCUGGCCAGCGUGCUAGCAGAAGUUGAACAGAAGCCUAACCCGACACAACCCUGGAAUGACUGCAUUUCGAAAUGGAAAGAAAAGGACUGCGUGCAUUAUUCUGUGAUAACCACUUGCCCAGUUAAAAUGAAACACUUGAAGCGAACACUGAGUACCCAGGUGGCCAGUGAAGUAGGAAGCCACGCAAGCCACUUGCCAGCAAUAGUGAACCAUCCAAAGUCAGCAGCUUCUUUGUCUGCAGCCAAUGGGGAUUCAGAGUAUGGAGCCUGCAGAGCUUUGUAUGAUUACCACACAGAAAGGGAAGAUGAGCUUCAUUUGAGGAAAGGUGAUGUGAUUGUAAUUCACCGUAAGGAAGAGGACGGAUGGUGGUAUGGCUCCAUAAAUGAGAAAAGGGGUAUUUUUCCAGCUACAUAUGUGGAAGAAUUCAUUCCCCCCACUGCCAAAAGCCUCACUGUGGAAGACGAAACCUCUCUUUAA